AUGCCUAAUGCGACCUCUGGAGACUAUCUUCCGUGUCUGCCGUCCUACAGUUUGACACCUCUACCUUCGAUCGUGCCGGGUAUUUCCGAUCAGCUGCUUGCCCUCCUCCUCCCAAUUGCUGCAUACUGGAUAGUGUCCAUCGGGUUUCACAUUCUCGAUGUCUAUGAUUUCGGGUCGCAAUAUCGUCUUCACACACCGGCCGAAGUGCUGAAGAGAAAUCAUGUUAGUAGAGGCGAGGUCAUCAGGGAUGUGGUCCUGCAGCAAACUAUCCAGACUGUCUUUGGACUUGCAAUUGGAAUGCUAGAUCCGGUGGAGAUGACUGGUAAACAGCUUUACGAUAUAGCAACGUGGGCACGGAGAAUCAGAGUUCUGCAAAGUUACAUACCGAAAGUCCUCGCUCUCUUAGGAGUCGAUGCAAUUGAGCUCGGCAAGAACCUCGUGCCUACGCAUCCCACAGCAGCUGGGUUGUUCUUGGGAGGUCAAUAUCCCCACCUCACUCAAGACGUCAUCGGCGCAGACGGCCAGAACGUCACGAUGCCCGCAUUUGGGUCUGGGGAGAUUUGGGCGGCACAGCUCAUCUACUGGGUUUUGAUCCCAGCAUUGCAAUUUGGAGUUGCCAUAUUCAUUGUUGACACUUGGCAAUACUUUCUGCACCGCGCCAUGCAUAUGAACAAAUGGCUGUAUACGACAUUGCAUUCGCGUCACCAUCGUCUCUACGUACCAUAUGCAUUCGGGGCACUAUACAAUCAUCCUGUGGAAGGCUUCAUGCUUGACACACUGGGGACGGGAAUUGCAUAUCUUGUGACAGGAAUGACUACUCGUCAAGGAAUGUGGUUUUUCACCUGCUCAACCAUCAAGACGGUGGACGAUCACUGUGGCUACGCCUUCCCAUGGGAUCCGUUGCAGCACAUCACUUCAAACAAUGCAGCAUAUCAUGACGUGCAUCACCAGAGCUGGGGCAUUAAAACGAACUUUUCACAACCUUUCUUCACUUUUUGGGACCGAAUCUUGGGUACGGUAUGGAGUGGAGGAGAUGUGUCAGCUCGAUAUGAGCGUACUAGAAUUGCAGCGCAAAAGAUGAUGGAUGAACAGUCGAAAGGGAAAGAAUCGUCAAUCGUCAACUCUGCCGCGCUUGAUCGGCGCCGCGCGCUUCAUCAAGCGGCUAUGUCACAACAGCAAGUGCAGGAAGAUGAAGCACAUGGUGGGCAAAGAGUCGUAGAGGAGGAGCAAUUGGAGGAGCGGGAGAUGCGGCAGAUGCUGAGGAGAAGCUCUCGGCGCAAGACCGGAAGUUUUGACCCCAAGAGCGACGGGCUGUGGAAUCUGACCGGUCGAAUGACGAACGGGUUGCACGGUAGGAGUACUGCUAUACUUCAUACGGAUGGCCGGCAUUGA